AUGAGGUCUUCACAUAGUUCGCGACGAGGAUCGAGUUACUCAGGCGAAGUCUCACGACGGUUCGAGCGGGGUGGACGGGUCAUGGUUCGCGAGAUCGGAUUUCAUGGUGGAGAAGAGAGAGCCUCCGCCGGUGAACGUGGCGUUAUCGGGCUUCACGGUGAGAUCGAGAGGAGGCGACGGCAAGGCGAGAUAGGAGAAGAAGAUGGUGAUUCGAGACAUGGCGAGUUGACAACUCGGUUUUUUUUUUUUACUCGGCGACUCAGUGACUCGACGACUCGGUAA